AUGCUGCCCUCUCAACUAAAUGGUUCGCCCAAGCGUGCCGGUCUAUUCCAACGCCCAUCAUCUUCACAAGGGAACCUAUCACCACACAGCAGGCCCAAAUCCGCCAUAAUCACACCCUCCAAUGGAUUGGAGUCUGCAAGAGGCCACCUGCGGAAUACGUCCGUUUCUCAGCUAUCGCCAACAUUCUCCCCCGGUGGAACCCGCGAGCGAUCAAAUUCAGCAAAGAAUAGUCCAUCCUCUGGAACUUUCGCUCCGAGCUUCAUCAAGUCGGAAGAGCUUAGACGCGGAGCCGAUCAAAUUCGGGGAAUAGAAGGGGAGAACGAUUUCUCCGGAAACAAAUAUGUGUGGCUCCGAGACCCCGAACAUGCGUUUAUUCGUGGGCUGGUGCUGGAAGAGUUGGAGGGGGAUCGCCUGUUAGUGCAGAGCGAUGACGGUGAUCAACGAGAAAUCGAUGCGGACCAAGUGGACAAAGUCAAUCCUGCCAAAUUCGACAAGGCAGAUGAUAUGGCAGAAUUGACACACCUAAACGAGGCAUCGGUGGUGCACAAUUUGCACACUAGAUACCAAUCUGAUUUGAUCUACACGUAUUCUGGACUAUUCCUGGUCACGAUCAACCCAUAUUGUCCAUUGCCAAUCUACACAAACGAAUACAUCAGGAUGUACAAAGGACGUGGUAGAGAGGAGACAAAACCUCACAUUUAUGCCAUGGCGGACGAGGCCUUCCGAAAUCUCGUCGAGGAAGGGCAGAACCAGAGCAUUCUCGUGACUGGAGAGUCAGGUGCAGGUAAAACCGAGAACACAAAGAAGGUUAUACAAUAUCUCGCAGCUGUCGCCACUUCCGAUACGCCUUACGCCAGAUCUGGAGCGAAACAGAUCACAGGUCUUUCGCAGCAGAUCCUCAGAGCCAACCCCAUUCUUGAAGCCUUUGGCAACGCCCAAACCGUCAGAAAUCACAACUCAUCUCGGUUUGGAAAGUUCAUCCGCAUCGAGUUCUCCAGGUCAGGCCAGAUCUCUGGAGCCUGGAUCGAUUGGUAUUUGCUCGAAAAAUCUCGGGUCGUGAAACCUAACUCCAAUGAGAGAAACUACCAUGUUUUCUAUCAGCUUCUGCAGGGAGCGGAUCAAACCACACGGGAAAAACUUCUGCUCUCCGACCUGCAAAUCGAAGAUUUUGCAUAUACACGAGACGGGAAUGACACAAUUGUUGGUGUGUCAGACCACGAGGAGUGGAAUUCACUGAUUGAAGCUUUCCAUGUCAUGAACUUUGACGAAGAAGAUCAACUCUGCAUCCUGGGGACUAUCGCGGCUGUUUUACACCUGGGUAACAUCUCUGUGGCUAAAGCGAGCGUGAGGGCUGAUCAAGCAGCCCUUGCACCGGAGGGACAAGGCAAUAUGGAAAAGGCUUGUCAGCUCCUCGGCAUUGACGCAGAGGCCUUCGUUAAGGGACUUCUCCACCCCCGAGUGAAGGCUGGCCGCGAGUGGGUAGAGAAAGUGCAGACUCCUGAGCAGGUCCGCAUGGCUCUAGAUGCAUUGUCGAAGGGUAUCUAUGAGCGCGGUUUUGGAAACCUUGUCUCCAGGAUCAAUGGUCAGCUUGGUCGCUCCAUGGCAAGUGAUGAUAAUUAUUUCAUUGGAGUACUCGAUAUUGCUGGUUUCGAGAUUUUCGACAACAACAGCUUUGAGCAGCUUUGCAUCAACUACACCAACGAAAAGCUCCAACAGUUCUUCAACCAUCACAUGUUUGUUCUCGAGCAAGAAGAAUAUGCCAGGGAACAGAUUGAGUGGCAAUUCAUCGACUUCGGAAAGGACCUUCAGCCAACGAUUGAUCUCAUCGAGUUGACUAAUCCAAUUGGUAUCUUCUCCUGUCUCGAUGAGGACUGCGUAAUGCCCAAAGCAACGGAUAAAUCUUUCACAGAGAAGCUUCAUGGUCUCUGGGAUCGCAAGACGGCCAAGUACCGCGCAUCUCGCCUCAGUCAGGGCUUUGUUCUCACCCACUACGCCGCAGAGGUCGAGUAUACAACAAGUGACUGGCUGGAAAAGAACAAGGACCCGCUAAACGAUAAUAUUACUCGACUUCUCGCAGACUCCAGCGCUCCCCAUAUCGCCCACCUGUUCUCCGACUGCGCAGGCUCAGAAGAGGAUGCCGUCGGACACCAUCCCAGGAGCCGUGUUAAGAAGGGCCUAUUCCGUACCGUGGCCCAGAGACAUAAAGAGCAGCUGUCCAGUCUCAUGGCGCAACUUCACUCCACUCAUCCUCACUUCGUCCGCUGUAUCUUACCCAACCACAAGAAGCGACCAAAGAUGCUGCACGCCCCGUUAGUCCUUGACCAGUUGCGAUGCAACGGUGUUCUGGAGGGUAUUCGAAUUGCCCGGACCGGUUUCCCUAACCGUCUACCCUUCGCGGAGUUCAGACAGCGGUACGAAGUACUGUGCCAACACAUGCCAAAGGGUUAUCUCGAGGGUCAGAGCGUUGCCCGCGUCAUGCUAGAGAAGCUUGGCAUGGAUCGGGCUUGGUACCGCGUUGGUCGCACCAAGGUAUUCUUUAGAGCCGGUGUUCUCGCUGAUCUCGAGGAGAAGCGUGACCAACUGAUUCGCACGAUCAUGUCCAAAUUCCAGUCGAUAGCAAGAGGCUUUGUGCAGCGCCGCAUAUCGAACAAGCGUCUAUAUCGCGCCGAGGCGACGCGCAUUAUCCAACAAAACUUCCACUCAUAUCUUGAACUUAAUCGCAGUCCCUGGUGGCGUAUGUUUUCGAGAAUGAAACCCCUGCUCGGUGACACCAGAAAUGCCAAAGAAGUGAAAAAGCGCGAUGACAAGAUCCAACAGCUUGAAGCGAAGAUGAAGCAAGAUCUUUCCGAUCGCCAGAAGUUGGAUGAGGAACGCCGUCGCACCGAGCUGGAGAUCCAGAAAAUCCAACAUACCUUGGAGAGCGAACGCGUACUUGCUUUGGACAAGGAAGAAAUAUUCAUGCGUCUGCAAGACCGCGAAAGCGAGCUCGCCGAAAAGCUCGCCGGUGCCCUUGCUGAUCAAGAAGGCCUUGAAGAACAACUAGACGACUUGAUCGAUGCUAAAAAGAAGAUCGAUGACCAGUUACAGCUUCGGAUCACCCAGCUCGAACAAGCAGGUUUAAUCAUCCAGAAGCUUGAAGCGGACAACAAUGCCUUACAGGCCCAGCUCAAAGAGCUCGAUGGCAAGCUCUCUGAGACUGCAACCCAGCUGUCAGGGAAAAAUGACGAGAUUGAAGAGGCUGGGCAAGAAAUCAAGAUUCUCCAAAGUCACAUUAGCCUGAAAGACCGCAAACUUCAAGACCUCGAGGACAAAUUGUUGAAGACGGACCAGGACCUGGAGGUCAAGCUAGCAACCACCUCCAAGGAAUUGGAGAAAUCCCAACAGCAAGUGCGUGACAUGUCCGAGGAAAAUCGCGCGAUCCGAGACCAGAUUUCCGAAUUAUCCGCAACCUCAACAGGUUACGAGGACCUUCUUCGUCGGAAGGAAGGUGAUAUGGCAGUCCUCCGCAAUGACUUGAGCAAGCAUGAGGAGGAGAGAGAAAGCAUUGAACAGGAAAUGAGCGCCGUUUCAACUCGCCAUGAUAACAUGCAAGCCCGAUUGCGCGAGGUUCAAGCAGAGAGAGAUGCCAUGCGCUCUGAACAGACGCAACUACAACGUGAAGCGGCAGAUCUCAAGAGCUUGCUUGAGAACAAGAUAACCGAAGAUGCGGAGGCUGGAGAGAGCAGGAAAUUGCUUGAAGACCAAGUUCAUGAGCUCAAGGGUCAGGUCUUCCAAGCCCAGACCGAUCUGAGCCGAGAACGCCAAUCACGCGAUGAUGUUCAGAUGCUCUCCGAGCACAAUCUCGCACAGUUGACCCAGAAAUAUGAGACGCUGAAUGAGGCCAAGAUCACCAUUGAGAAGGAAAUGUACAUUCAACAAGAUAGCCUGCGCCGAGCCACCGAGGCGCGCAUCGCGGCCGAGACCACACGAAAAGAUCUGCAAGGCGAGCUCAUUAAGCUCCGUGAGAGAUUUACAGAUGCUGAAACCGCCCGCAUGAAUACCGAAGCCGAGCUUGAACGCAAGAUCAUGCAGCAAGCGGAUGAGCGCAUAACAAGUUCGCGCAAAGAUCUGGAUGAGAAAACACGGCAACUCGAGGAAGUUGAGACUGAGCGAUCUAGCCUCUCCGUGCGAAUUCAAGAGCUCUUGCAUUCGAUUUCCGAAUCCGAGAACUUCCGCCUGCGUCAUGAUCAGCACAAAGAGCGUCUUGAGCGAGAACUUGUCACUCUGAGGGGCCGAUUGAACGCAUCCGAAAAUGAUAACAAGUCCCUCCUGACCAAGAUCCAACAAAAGAAUCUCGACAUCGCCCGGUCAAACUCCAAGGCCAGCGACAGCAACAGACUCCGGUUGACUACUCUUCAGAAGGAGAAGACUAGAUUGGACGAAGAGACCAAGAAGCUCAGCCGCCAACUUGAAGACUCGCAGGUCAUGAUCACCUCUUUGGAAAAGCAGAAGGAAAAGCUGUCCUUGAGUCUGGAGGAUCUGAACCACGAGGUGAACCGUGAACACAAAACAAGUCGCAAUGCCGAAAAGGCCGCUUCAACUGCCAACCUCCAACUAGCCGAGUCCAACCGCAAGCUUGAAACUGAAAGACAGCUUCGGACCCAAGCCCAGGCCAACACCAGACAAACCCAAGGUGCACUUGAUGGGGCAAACAAGGAGAUCGAGGACCUGCAUCGUCAAUUGAUUGUGCUGCAUAGGGUGUUUGAACCCGAAGCUUCAGAACCAAAGCAAUCCUGGGAAGCCGUUCAACCUCAUCUCUCAAAGCAGGUUGACUUGGCUCAAGUCCUCGAGACCGUCCAGAACAAGCUCGGAGUCACCGAGGAGAAAUAUGCUCGAGCCGAAAGUCAGCUUGCUGAAAUGCGUCGGCGUCACGCCGAUGAGAUGAAGGAGCUUGACACCAAGUACUCAUCCUCCAAGCGAGCCUUACUCGAAGAGAUCGACCAAAAUGAAGUUGCGAACAACCGUACCCCCGCUCAUCUCAGGAAGAACUCGGAGAAUGCCGCUAAGAGAUACUCCAACCCCACGACUCCCAACAGGCGUUAUAACGUCUUUGAAGGGGCCAAUGACUCCGCGCGUUCUGACCGCACCGUGGAUACGCAGGGAUACUCAAGGCGCAUGGACACUGCUGCGGAAUUGGAAGAGCUACAAAACAAGUUGCAGAUGACAGAGAUGCAAAACAAGCAUCUCCAAAGCCAAAUUGCCCGGUCCACCCCAGCUGGAGACAUCUGGCAAGACGAUAGCCCCUCUGUUCGUCGGAUGCAGCUCCUCGAGCGCGAGAAUGGCCGUCUCCACGAUCAACUUGAUGACUCCUCCAAGAAGGUUUCGUCUCUGGAGCGAAGUAUUCGUUCAGGAGAAUUGUCCCUCCGCGAUGUGCAAGCCAAAUCACAUGAGGAGCUGUACGAUCUGAUCAAUUCACAGGAGCAGUCAAGGCGCUCACUGCUCAAGCUUCAGAAAGAGACUAUGGCUGAGUUUGGUGAUGCCAAGACCCACUUCGAGAAACUGAAGCGUGCUCGGGCCACGCUCGAGGUCGAGCUGCGUGAUGCUCGAUCUGAAACCCAAGAGUUGCAACUUGGCAGAGAUCAGGAUACUGUCAGCCGCAACCAACUACUUCAGGAGUUUUCGGAUCUGCAGAUUCGCUUGGACGCCGAGUCCUCACGGUCGGCGGACUUGGAGUCUAGCCUCAUGUUAUACAAGAGCCGCUCAGACGAGUACUUCAACAAGCUUGAACAGGCUGAGAUUGCUGUUAUGAAGGCCUCCCGGGCGGAGCAAUUCGCUAAAUCCCAGGGCCAAGAAGCUGAGGAGACCUGUGCCCAGAUUAUGUCUGAGCGCAAGGAGAUGGAUGCUCUCGUGGAGGAUUUGCAGCGGCAGUCGCAGUCCUUGGAGGCCCGUAUGGAGGACCAGGCGGCUGAGCUUCAAGGCGCUUUACAGGCUAAGCAACGUCUUCAGAACGAACUCGAAGACUACCGCAAUCAACGUGCGAUUGACCUCGAGGACAAGGAGACCUCCAUGGAACAGACCAGACAGAAGUACCAGCGCGAAUUCUCAACGCUUACCAAUGAGCUUGAGCUUGAGCGUGAGCGCGUGUUGAACGGCCGCGGGGAGAGUGCCCGUCUACGAGAGGAGCUCGAGGAGCUUCGCAGUAAGUGGGACGACGAGGUACUCAACAGCUCAACAUGGGCCAAGGAGAAAUCCCGCAUGGAGGUUGUUCUACAAGACGUCAACAACUCCCGCGACGAAGCUGUCAAUGCGCACAACGAGGCUCAAGGCAAGGUUGUCUCUCUCCUUUCUCAAGUUCGUACCCUCCGCACCUCUGUCGAGGAUGUUCAGGCCGAGCGCGAUCUACUUCUCAAGGACAAAAAGAUGUUGGAGGGCCGAUUGGCCGAAGCUGGCGAGCGACUGGAAGACCUCGCUAAGGGCGAGAGCCCAUCCAUGCGCAAUGCCGCCAGUAUGGACCGUGAACUUCUCGAACUCAAGUCCAGAAUCGCUCAGCAGGAGGAUGUCUCCGCUGCAGCUGUCGGAAAGAUGCGUCGCGCUGAUGCUCUGGCCACUGAGAUGCAGAAGGAAAUCACUGCUGAGCGGGAGGCCAACGCUCAACUUUUCAAAGACAAGGCUGCCGUCGAGAAGCAGCUUAAGGAGGCUCAACUGCGGUGUGUUGACUUGGAGACAAAGGGCUACUCCUCCGGUAGCCAGGACGUCCGUUUCUUACACAAGCGAAUCAAAGAGCUCGAAGCCCAUUUGGAAGAUCAAGAGACCAAACACAGCUCCGAGCAACGCUCCCUGAGAAAUGUUGAUCGCACUGUGAAGGACCUUCAAUCCCAAAUCGAUCGCCGUGAUAAGAUGAACGCCCAGCUCAAUGACGAUCUCAACCGUGCUCGAGAUAAGAUUGAACGUCUCCUUCGUAACAUCGAAGAGAUCCAACACAAUGAUUCCGAUGCACAACUCUUGGCACGCCGCGCUGAGCGGGAACUCCGCGAAGAACGCGAAAAAGCUUUGAGACUAGAGCGCGAGAUUGAAGGCUGGAGAGGCCUUCGCGGUGAGCGAGGCAGCGUCAUUGGGCGCCCAACCCACAAUUUCAGUGAUGCUGGAAGCCGCCGUGGCAGCGCUGUCUAUGGCACUAAUGAUAUUCCCCAACGGCACCCUAGCAACACCAAGGGCUUCCUGUGA